UCUAAACUGAUUAUACCCUCGUCUUUUUUUUUUAAUCUCUGGAGAUGUGGUGCUGUUCUUCUUCUUCUUCUUCUUCUUGGUUUGAUCAUGAUUCAUGUUGAGGUUAUUUCCCUUUUCUUCUGUUGAUGCUCCUCUUUGGUGCGCAUGUGUCCUGGUGUUUGCGUCGUUAUCAGAUAGACGAGCCGCUCUGAUUGAGGCGUUUGUCUUGUAAAUGCGGCCCUUUGAUGGACGAGCCUGCAGACUUGACGGACUGCUGUGGCUCUUAUGCCAUUGGUGUUUUGGCUGGUCACGUGGUGUGGUCAGGAAGGUGAUAUGAGGAUGGAAGGCAGUUGUUUUUUCUUUUUUCUUUUUUUUUUCUUUCUUUUUACAGCUUUGACACGCUACCUAAGGUCAGGGCACAGGGAGCGACCAUUGAUGACGGCUCGCUCCCGAUCAGGUCUGAGACAGCUCCACCAGGCCCAGGUUCCAGGAUGAACUCCUACUUAGACUAUCCGGUGUGCAGUCGCGGAGCAAACAUUUUCAGCGCAAAAGCCGGACACUCCAAUUUAAACCACGGGUACGCGUCGUCCAACUCUUGCGCAACAAGUGAUAGUUACGCACCGGACGGGUGUUUGGUGCCACACCAGGCGCCGAGCGUCCCGCUGCACCACCAGCAGCACGCCAGUCUGGACCUGCAGUUCUCAGCGGCUGGAAACCCCGCGUACGGCUCGCCUCUGGAGUACGGACACCACCAGUUCGGCCUCGGUCCCGACCAGGACCGAAGCUUCGCGCACGCACAGGUAUCGCCUCUCGGGAUGAGCGUGGCUCCUUACCCCGGGGACUGCUGCGGCCCAGGCCAGUACGUGCAGUAUCCGGAUCAGCGGCAGCAGGAGUACUCAGAGAGUGUUUACAGGAGGCUACCGGCCCAGUGUAGGGAGAAUGACCCGGAGCAUGUGGAGGAAACUUCUAAAACUUUCGACUGGAUGAGAGUGAAGAGGAACCCCCCUAAAACAGCUGUUCUGUCGGAGUUCGGGGUUCCGGGCCAGCCCAAUGCGAUCCGCACCAACUUCACCACCAAGCAGCUGACGGAGCUGGAGAAGGAGUUCCACUUCAACAAGUACCUGACACGGGCGCGGCGGGUGGAGGUGGCGGCCAGCCUGGAGCUCAACGAGACCCAAGUGAAGAUCUGGUUCCAGAACCGCAGGAUGAAGCAGAAGAAGCGGGAGAAGCUCGGCUGCGUCCUGGCCAGCAGCGCUCCACCGGAGAAACCCUCUGAAACCCCGAGCAGCACUGAAGGGGAGAAACUGUAAACUGUGCUGGGACUUUUUCCACGUUGGGUUUCACCAUUCCACGGAAAAUAAAUACUCAGAGUGCUUGUGGACUUGUGAAUCCCAGCAGCAACCAGGAGUAUGACUGACUGCUGCUUUUCCUCUGAACUGGGUGCUUCUUAAAAACAUCGAUUUGUUUUUCUAUGUUUUUAUUUUCACCUCUCCGCCAGGAGCCCAUGCAGGCUGUGCUUUGUGUUGUGUCACUGAUCUCCUCAGUGUCAUUGUUUUGCACUAUUUAUUUACAGGGUAUUUUCCAACACUUGUUCAGAUGAUAUAGCUUAAUAAAGACUAUAAAAUAUUACAGAAUAACAUCGCAGUUUUUGUGUUUGUAAAAGUUGACUAUGUCCCCAUAUUUAGCCUAGUUUGGACCUAUCUUUUUGAACAGAUUUUUGUAAAGAUGCAUCAAUCUGAGGAUUUUUUCCCUGAUUGUCUCUGACAUGUGAUCUGCAAGUCAAAUGCUAACAAGAUCUGAUUUUUUUAUUUUAUUUGUUUUUUUACACAAUUUAUUAAACCCGUCGAAGCUCAAAACUCCUGCAACUUUCAACAAACAGCAUGCACUUGUGGAGUUCAGUAAAAAUCAGAUAAAGUUUAGGGACACGCCCUUUAAAAACUGGAUUGUGUUGUAAUUCCUCAAUUUUCUACUGCAUUCUGCCUGUGUCUAACAUUUUUUUCUCUGUUAUGUGUUCAUAGGCUUUAGAAAGACAAAUGAAAAAAAAAUAAAUAAAAUAAUUGGAUUUCUGCUUUCCUCUGACAAGAAUCCAGAAAUCUGUAAUGGCCAAUAAAAGCCUGAUUGGCACAUCUCUAA